GAUAUGCUUGUGCCUGGCAAACAGAGCCGGAGGCUGUGAAGGUCACGCCCUUGUCCAGGGCCUCUCAGGGAAACCUGGUCCUUGGCCCAUCUGUUCUUCUGGGACAUCAUUCCAGAUGGCCCAGGACAGCGGAACCUUUCUGUCGCUGCCAAUCAAGUCCCACAGGUAAGCCAGUCUCUCAGGCCUGACCAAUCCCGAUGCUCUCUGCUGAACACCUUCCAGGUGGCUUCUCAUGCUGCCAGGAAAGGGCUCCCCGGGGACCUCCUGACACAAGGAUGGGCCAGAGGCAACAUGUGGUCUGGCAGAUGGCCGUCUGAGUUCCUCUGAGGUAAAUAAAAAUCGUGCUUCCUCCCAUGCGCGGAGCCAGGCGCCAGCUAAGACUUCCUGUGCACCAUCUCAUUGUAUCCUCUCAGCGAGUGACGAGCUACUGUCUUUUCCUCUUCACGCUCUGGAGGCUGGGCCUCAGAGAGAUUGGGUGACUUUUCCAGGCUGCUCCCACCCUGCAGGAGAGGCAGAGUCAGGAUUCAGAUCUCGUCAGCAGAGCCCAGCCUCCUCACUGGGAGGCAGGAACAUGCCGUGUUACCCUCAGAUGCCCUGUCCUGGUGUACGCUCUGCACAGAGAAGGAGCUUCGCGAACGAGCCCUGGGCUGAACUGAACCAAAUGGGGCUCCUAGAGGAAGUAGAAAGAUCCUGUUUCCUGUCGGACGCAGAGCCCUUGAGGGCAUUUCUGCAGCCUGACUCCUAGCACACAGCCUGGCGCAGAGUGAUGUUCAGGCAGGGUUUGUGGAUCAGAUGAGGGAAUAUCUAAGAUUCUUGGCCAGAAUUUCCACCGCGGCCCAGAUCUGUGAUCGCAUUAGGAGGUGCGCACUACUCUCUUCCCAUUCUGUUAUUCCAGCUGCCUUCUUCCGUGAAAAAGACUUUUCCCUCAUCAGCUGUCCACUAGCACCUCCUUCACUCUCCCUCUGAGCUAAUCUGAGCAUGUCUGAGGGAUGCUCAUCCCACCGGUCCCACUAAUCAGAGCCUCCCGUCAGCACCCCCCAUGGGCGGGGAUGGGAAAGCCCGUAGCAAACACCCACGACCUGGCUGCAAGACACGUCACCCCGUCCCAUUUCCGUGACAGCCCUGUAGGCAGGGCUGAAUGGCCCCACUGGACAGAUGAGUAAGACUGAGACCCAGAGGAGCUAGAUGACUUGUUCAAGGCCACCUGGCCACCUGGCAAGCUAGAGGCUGAGCUGGAGCGGACGCCAGAUCUGCCGAGCCCCCAAACUCAUGCCCUUUCUCCACCACCAAAUUCCCUUCCCUCCCGAAGUUGCUUCCCUUCCUGAUGCGGUGUGGCCAGUGCAGAUCUCAGAAUGUGUAAACCUGGUGACACUAGAUCCGUCACCUUAGAGUGGAAUGAAGGAAGCACCUGGGGAUCGGCUUACUAAUUCGAGGGGCUGAUGAAUUAUUCAGGUCGCCAUUAACUUAGAGGCCUUUUCAGCCUCACCUGCCUUUCCCCUGCUCCAGACCCUCAGAUCCUGGCCUGCCCCGAGCUCUACGGACCUGUGGGGGCCCCGGCGAGGAGAUGCUGGCAGCGUUGGGGUCCUGUCUGCUGCUGGCAGUGGCUCUGCUGGGCCCAGGCCCCGGGGCCCAAGCCAUGACAGGUGUUAAAUGUGGGGGUGUGCUCUCAGCACCUUCCGGAAACUUCUCCAGCCCCAACUUCCCCAGGCUCUACCCCUACAACACAGAGUGCAGCUGGCUGAUUGUGGUGGCCGAGGGUUCCUCUGUGCUGCUCACCUUCCACGCCUUCGACCUGGAGUACCAUGACGCCUGUGGCUUCGACUACCUGGAGGUCUACAACGGCGCCUCAGGAGACAAGGGCAACCUGCUGGGGAGGUUCUGCGGCCGGGUGCCCCCGCCGCCCUUCACCUCCUCCUGGCAUGUCAUGUCCGUCGUCUUCCACUCAGACAAGCACGUGGCCAGCCGCGGCUUUUCUGCUGGCUACCAGAAAGAUGUGUGUGGCGGCGUCCUGACGGGCCUUUCGGGGGUCCUCACCAGCCCCGAGUACCCCGACAGCUACCCCAACAACGUGGAGUGCCGCUGGGUGAUCCGGGCUGCCGGCCCCGCCACUGUCAAGCUGGUGUUCGCGGACUUCCAGAUGGAGGGCAAUGAGGAGUGCACCUAUGACUACGUGGUCGUCCUUGGGGGGCCCGGCCCUGCCCACGGGCAUCACUACUGUGGCAGCACCAGGCCCCCCACCCUCGUGUCGCUGGGCCACGAGCUACAGGUGGUUUUCAAGUCCGACUUUAACAUUGGAGGUCGGGGCUUCAAGGCCUACUACUUCUCAGGAGAAUGCCAGGAAGUGUACACGGCUGUGCGAGGCAACUUCUCCAGUCCACAGUACCCCAGCUCCUACCCUAACAACAUCCACUGCCACUGGACCAUCCGCCUGCCUCCUGGCUACCGGAUCAAGGUGUUCUUUCUGGACCUGGAUCUGGAGGGUCCCAGCAGCCUGACCAGGACCUGCGACUUUGACCAUCUGGCGGCCUUUGAUGGGGCCAGCGAGGAGGCGCCCCUCCUGGGGAAUUGGUGUGGCCACCACCUGCCAGCACCAGUCACCUCAAGUCACAACCAGCUUCUGCUUCUGCUGCACACAGACCGCAGCACCACCCGAAGGGGCUUCUCUGUGGCCUACAUUGGAGUCGUGCCCGUGAACGUGAGCUGCUCCCGCACGGAUUUCCAGAUCCUGAUCUCCGCACAGGCACUGGCACCGCUGGAGCGGACCAAGGUCUACCUGGGCAGCCGGAGCUGUGCCGCCCAGGAAGUCGGCAGCACCUUCCGGAUCCAGGCCCGCUUCGACACCUGCGGCACCGAGUCUCAGAGGAGGAACAACACGUCGGUGAUCGUCAGCGUGCUGUACAUUGACUUCUCGGCUGGUGGGCAGGAGGACAUCCAUGAGUACGAGGUCCGCUGUGAGCCACGGCGCAAGGAGGCUUCUGUCCACCUGCUGUCUGGCUCCGACUGGCUGGGGCCCUAUGCCGCCACAGCCGAGCAUCUUCAGGAAGCGCCACCCAGGGAUGAGGUGGAGGCCCUGGAGGGCCCUGUGGCCAUGGUGACCCAAGACACCAGUGACAUUGUCUUCCUGGGCCUUUGCAUCCUGGCUGGAGUCCUCAUGGUCAUUGCCAUCGUGGUCCUGAUGCUGCUGUGAGCAGGCAAGGGACCUGGGUUCUGGCUUCCCUGGGAGGCAGCUUGCGGUCCCCAAAACAGGAGCAGACCAGGCUUUAUCGACUUGUUGGCGACCAUGGACAAGUCACUGUCCCUCUCCAAGACUCAGUUUCCUAGGCUCACAGAGCUGGCGUGAGGCUCAGAGAAGAGCACGAAUAGAUAUGAGCUUUGUAAACUAUGUCAUGUUGUGUGUGUGUGCAAUUGUUACUAAUUUGAAAGAUGGCCUGCAGUAGAAAAGAAGACUCCUGUGUGUGUUACUUGGCAUCAUGGAUAGCUGUGGUCACUGGUAACUUGUUCUGUAACUUGCACAAGUGCUUUACCCACUCAGGAUAAAAACAAGGGCAUCUUUUAUUUUUCCAACUAAUGGCUCAUCACAAGCCUUCAUUGGCAGGAAAGUUAGUAACUGUCUAGGGGCCUCCACUCUCUUGAACUGACUCAGGAACCUUGAGGACUUCAUCCACAGCAGGCCAGUCCUGCCUCCAAACUCCAGAAACAGAGAGAAAGGGAGCCGAAACCCCACCUGGUGCUGUCAUCCCAGCCUCCGCCAUGUGGUGUCGCUGUUGGAGACUGGUCGUGCGCAUCCCAGUGGAUCCUGUCUGAAGAGGUGGCGAUGCCCUGCGAGGUCAGAUCCCUGCAUAAAACACAGGCGGGCCCACGCUGUGCUCAGCAGUGAGGCUGGAAGCUGAGGACUGGUGUCUCUUUCAUGUUGGCGUUUUUCCUUAAAUAGAUCGUGAUCCUUGACUGCAAAGCUGACUGAAGUUCCUAUGUCUUUGUCCUCACCCCUGAUGUUGAGUCCAUUGUUUCCCUUCAGAUGAGUUCUCUUUGGAGCCUGUGGACCUUCUCCUGCCAUUGGACUUCACUCAGAGCUACUCCAGCAUCCCCGUGUUUCUCUAAGUUCACACUACGGGGAGCACGGGUUGGGUUCCCGGUGCUUUCUGGCAUCCUCAAGCAAAUUGGUCCAGUCCCCCCAGAGCUCCAAGUGGAACAGCCUUGUUAAUGAAAAAUAAAUAAAGAAAUACAGUUGUAACACACCACUUUCCCCUGCUCACCCUUAUCUUUGCGUAAUGAAUCACUCACAAUCAACAGAAAUCUCCACCUUGACCAUGCUGACCACGGUGCUCAAGUAAGUGAAUUGGAGCCUGAUUAUAGUUCUUUCAACAACCCAACCAACAUCCACUUGUUUCCAGCUUUGUCCCCAUUGUUGUGACCGGCUCCAAGCACCCAGCAGCGAAGAAGUCAAAUGAGAUUUCCUGCCUUUGAGAUGUCUACACCCAGGUGUAGCAGCUUCGGGGAGAGGGAGGCAGACAGUAACUUGCAGAGAAAACGAGAGUGAGAAAAGCCAACAAAGUAAAAAAUUAAGCAAGGGAAAAAGAGUUGCCUGGACAUUAGGAGAACUGGUUCAAGUCCAAGUUCUUCUCAUUAAUUGUACAAACCUGGGCAAGUCACUUUGAGUCUGUGGGCCUCGAUAUCUCCAUCUGCAAAAUGGGACCACUGUUCAUAGCUUGCUGUAAGAUCGUAGCAACACGAUGAACUAGGGAGGUCUGCCAGGAUAACGUGCCAGCAGGGGAGUUUUGACUGACACCCCGGGGUGUUGGGAGCAGAGACCCCGUCCUCUUUGUCUCUCACCCACCUUCUCCCUCUCAGAUUCCUCUAGCCACUGAGCCACUUUUGCCAGCCUACAAACCACCUGGGUCUCAGUUUCUCUGGACAAGACUGAUUACAUCCCCCUGCCCCCAAGGUCAGCCUUCCUGCCUGCAAAGCAGGGGUGAUGAUAAAUACCCGCUGCAUUAGUUCUGUGUGGGGCCUGAGAUCAUGCAUGACAGUGGCCAGUACCUGAGAAGGAUUCAACAAACCUGUUAUGACCUUGACCUAUGAGUUCAUACAAAAGCUCCAGCCUAGAAACCCAAAUUCUCGGCCCAACUUUGCCACUGGCUUGCUGUGUGGCCUUCAGGAACCCAUUCCCUUCUCUGGCCACAGUUCCUGUUUUUAAAAUGUAACAAGCAUCAUUAUCACCUCUGGCACCAUCGCUGUCGUAGCGACGACCCAUAAGCACCAGCUACAUGGCAAGUGUUUGAGCUGCGUCAGCUGACGUAAGCCACCUUGUGAGGCGGACAUAAUUGCCCCCAUUUCACAGAUGAGGAAACUGAGGUCUGGGGAAGGAAGUGCCUUGCGCCAGGUCACAGGUGAUGAAAUGCUGAAGCGAGGCCGAGAGGAGGCAGUUCUUUCCUGAGCUGGGGCCUCUUGGGCCCCCAGGCCAAGCUCUCAAACCCAAGGGCCGUGUCUGGUUGGGAAAGGACUGGAACGGCCGACAGGGAGAGGAUGGUUUUACCCACGGACGUGCCCAGAUACUGCCAUUCCCAGCCCUCUGGGCAGCUGACACAUUGAUUAUCCUGCCUGAGCCACGGGAAAUGACAGUCUUUCUGACGGUACAGUGUCUAUUAGAAAUGAAAGGGCUGAAAUGAUACCCAUUAGCCAACACGCCCUGGCCCAGGAAGAGUGUCUGAUGGUGUGUGUACGUGUACCAGUUUCCCCUUGGUGGAGAGCGGAGGCCUUAACCCCAGCUCCCCCCAGCACUGGUUAUAUGGUCUCGGGCCUGCCUACCCCGAACCGAGAGCUUCGGGUCCUCCCGCCUGCCUGUCCCGGUAGAGCCAACGUUACAGAUGAGGAAAUCCUUGGCAAAUGGAAGUGCCAGCCCUGGGAAGAUGCCUUCUGGCCUCCUGGUCAGGCAGACCGGCGUUCAUUUCCAUUCUCGCCCUGACUCUGUGUGACCUCGGGCAAGUUGCUUAACCUCUCUCAGCCUCAGUUUCCUCAUGCACAGAAUAGGGACACAAAGAUGCUCCUCCCGAGGUCAUCGUGAGGCUUGAGAGAACACAGGGAGAGCGCCCACAUGGGGCUUCCACCUGUACGAUUCUGGAAGCUGGCAGGCCCCGGCCAGGCGAGGGCCUCUUCCCCGAGGAGUCCUCAAAUCUCAGAGUCAGAAGGGUCUCCCCGGACUCCUAGCUCCCCUGCUGAUCUUCAAGAGACCAUAAUCGUUCCCACCCCCAGACUGUCACUUUGUACCCCUUUGCCUUCCUUCGUAAGACGUAUCGCCGUCUGAAAUGA